AUAUUUACUACAUGAUACCAAGGCCCACUUUUGGGGGUGAAAAAUAGAGUCCGCUGCAUAACGACACCUUCUUCUAAUUUUGUCGCGCAAAAAAAGAGAAAGAAAUAAAGCUAACGAGGCUUUGGGUACGUCAGAAUCUUUAAUACUGUAUACUUAUUGCACAAACACCCUUUUAUCAUUCUCUUCUCUCCCGCUCUCCCAUCUUUCACAUCACGUAUGACUACCUCACAAUUACAACGUACCGAAGAAGAGACACAAGAAAAAUUAAAACCAAUGUUACAGUCCACAUCCACGGGCGUCGUUACCGUGAUCUUGCAACCUCGGCAUGCGAUGUUUCAAACGAAAACACUCGAACUUCGAGAUAAAUUACAUAUACGAAUAGGGAGACAAACUUCUUCUAAAACUAUACCAGGACCAUUGAAUGGUUAUUUUGAUUCCAAAGUCUUGUCGAGAACGCAUGCCGAGAUUUGGAGUGAAAAGAGCAAAGUGUAUAUCAAGGAUGUAAAAUCAAGUAAUGGCACAUUUUUGAACGGACGGCGGCUUUCCAACGAAAAUGAAGAAAGUUCACCAAUGGAAAUAAAGUCAACGGACGAACUCGAGUUUGGAAUAGACAUAUCACAAGAUGAUGGAUCGAUCCUUUACCAUAAAGUAGCAUGCCAAGUUCAUAUUAUACCGACAUCGCUAUCCCAGGUGGAUAACAAUAUGCUCAAGGAACUCAACAUUGGCUUAUCAAAUGGCAGUAGUGGAAAUGAUCAUCACCAAUACUACCCACAUAGCACUUUACAACGAAAAUCAUCUGCUUCAUCUAUAUCGACAAUCUCCUCGGCAACAGCAUCUACCGCGGUAGACUACGCAUCCUCAUCACCUGUAUCAGCAACAAAUAAUAAUAAACGAUCAGGAAGGAACUGGGAACUUUUGUUGGCUAAAUUACAGGCCGAGGUCCAGCGAUCCAAACAGCUGGAAAAUCAGCUGAGAGCGGUUAAAGAUGUGAUAGCAGAUGUGGACAAGACCUUAAACAACAAUCGAUUGGAAAAAGCGGAUACCCGAAUCGUGCUGUUACAACAAAAACUGCAUGAAGCACAACAACAGGUAGCAUCGUAUGCGGAAAAAUGUCGACACCAAGAUCAGGCAAUAACAGCUGCAUCCAAAGAAUUACUUCGGCUUCAAAAUACAUUACGGCAAUUGCAGCAAGGAAAGGAACCAGUAGCAUCUGUUGACAAAGAUAACGGUGAUGAUCGUGAAAGGAAGAAUGGUCCUCAUUCGCUCGGUGCUACUGCUAGUAUCACCAGUAGUAGUAAUGAUGGUGGUACGCAACGACAGGUGGAAGAGCUAAAGUUGGUACUGGAUGAGCAAAAGCUACGGUUAAACAAAGACCUGGCAGCUGAGAAGGCACGGUGUAUCGAGUACGAAAACAAAUGUCUGUUGCUAGAACGACGGAUCAAGAAGCUAGAGCAGGAACGGAAACCAACCACAAGCCUAGCAGAUGUGCUACAGAUGCGUGCUGUACAAGUAUCGUUGGCAAUACUCAUGGGCAUCAUAUCAGCUUUAUUAUAUGUACUUGUUGCCAUUUAGAAAAAGGAAAAGAAAUGUUUCUUUAACUCGUUUUCUAUCCGUGUCUCUCUCCAUCUGACUCAAAAGAAGAAUAGAAAUGGAAAGAGUAGUUUGUAAUAUGUAAAAGAGAAAGCAGCCUUUUCUUUAUUCCAAGUAUACCCCACUCAUUAUUUACACUUUAUGUAUCUAUAUUAUAAUUUUAUUAUAUACAAAACAAAACGAGUGAGAGAAC